GUAGCACAGGAGGGGAUGGGGGCAGAGAUACAGGAAACACAGGGGGAAUAAGAUGUAGUGAAGUCCCGGAGAAAACGAAAUAGGAGGGACCCAUCUAGAGCACGAAGACAGGAUUUAGCAAGGAAAACUGAGGGACUUGUCUCAGUCACUUGAUUUUGUUGAUUACAGGAACUCCAAAGUCAUCUGCUUAGGAUGAGAAGGGAAGAGGGCAGACAGCUUGAUACCAUAUAGAAAGUUUGAUAUAGUAGCUCCGAGUUAUGCAAGCAAGAGAUGAACCAAAAAGAGCCCCCCAUACACCCACUCACCAGAUUCCCAGGUUUCAAAUGUGUUCCGCGUAUCCAAGUGCCGUCCUUCAGAAGCUCUUCGAAAUAAUCAUUUGGGGGCGCACAGCAGUCCCUGGCACAGUCACCCGGCCAGCCUGCCCUGUAGGUGGCGUGGUGCCUAGGAAGGUGCGUCCUAGUUGGAGCCAGGAGCAGUCACCCAACUUGCUCGCCGAACAGGGGGCGCUCAGCCGAGUAAGUUUGCUCCCAACAUGCCUUGCGGCGAGAGUGGGGGCCCGCAUUUCUGACGCGCUACCGCGUCGUCCGGCGGGGUUUCGUGUGGUGAUCGGGUCGCUUCGCUCCUUGUUAGGAGAGCGCGUGGGUGAGAGGGAAAGGCUGCCGAGGAGGAGGCCAGGACUGAGCUAGGACUGAAGGAGGACUGAGUGAGGAGCGGAGAGGCGGAUCCAUUGGCGGCCACCGCUCACCACAGCAGCGGCGGCGGCUCUGCCGACUAGGCCGCGGCGGCCAUGGCCGUGGACUUCCGGGACUCCAGGAGCGGUUUUCGCCACAACGAGGUGGUCAUGUUCAUCAACGAAGAGGUGCUCAGUAACGGCGGCGGUCCAGACUUCUACUCGACCUUCCGCUCGCGGCCCUGGAACGAGAUCGAGGAUGAGCUGCAGUCCAUCCUGGCCGACCUGCAGGUGCCGCCGGCCGUCAAGAGGGCCUGCGUCUGGAGCGCGCUGGCCCUGAGUGUGCGUGUGGCCACGAGGCAGCGGGAGCAGCAGGCCCGCCGAGUCCGGCGGCUGCAGGAGCAGGUUGGGGAGCGCGAGACGGCCGCCUGGGCUCUGGCCUCCCAGCUGCAGCGGCUGCGCGAGGAGCACGAGGAGGUGGCCAAGCAGUUGCAUUGCACACGCAACGACCUGCAGCAGGCGAUGACCGAGCGCGAGGAGCUGCGUGGGCAGCUGCUCCAGGCAGAGAGGCAGCCCCAGGAGGUCGUACCCGGAUCUCGAGCCCAGCACUUCAGGGCUGAAGCGUGGCCUCUGACCACUGAGGAGCGAAACAAGCUGCUGGUGGCGACAUCACAGCGUAGGCAGAUGGAGGAGGUCCAGAGGGAAGCCCAGAAUGUCUCGACGGGCGGUUUGCUUUACAUGCCGGGACCCCCGAAUCCCUGGUCCCAGGUGGCUCAGCCCCCUCUGCCCAUGCCAUUCUCCAUGCCAUUCCCAUACCCACCACCUCCCCCACCUACGGUGGUCUCAGAAGUGGAAACAGUGGCAGCGGCGGCGGCGGCAGCAACAGCAGCGGCAUUCCCACCCCAGAUGCCUGCUGGGGGCACCUACCCACCUGGCAAGUGGCCUGCAGUUGUGUCCCAAGAGGAGGUAGCCCUGCAGCGGGACCCGAGGAUCGAAGGCCAACAAGAAGGUCCUGUGAGGCCCUGCUUCAUAAAUCUGUCAGGGCAGAGCUGGAGCCAAGAAGACCCAACCAAGCGACAACCUCAGGAACAGAUGCCGAGGCCACUCAAAGCUGCAGGAACUUCAUGUGAAGCUGAAGGUCCAGGUCCCAGUGUGCGAAUCCUCAUUAAAUACCCUUCUGGCUCUCAGCAGCCUCUACCUCAGUGAGAUCUCAGCUGGCUGGAGCUAAAGCGUAUAAAGGAAUCAGGGAAGAGGAGACAUGCUGGCACACAUCUUGGAACAAGGGAGGGCAGACAGAUUUUGUUAAACGUAAUCCUUCUGUUGGGGAAAAAGGGUUGACGUAGCAGAGUUUCAAAGGGGGUCGGGAGGGUUGUAUUAAAUUUAGGGGUUAUCACAAGUUUGUAAAAUUGCAUUCAUUAAUUCAUUCAACAAGUGGUUAUUAAUUAUCUAGUAUGUGCUAGGAACUACUGUUAUAUGUUAUCAUCUGAUGCACACAUUAUAACCCAAGUGGGUGACUUUGGUUAGAUGACAGGAGAGAGCCUAACUUGGGAUACAGAUUAUGUCAGUAGUGACUUCUUUGCCUUGUACAUAGUGUGGCUUUGGGAUAAAUCCAAUUGAAAUAAAGUCAAGGUCUGUUUCUAAGAUUCUGGGGGCAAUGUCAAAGAGACCGUCAUGGAGGGACUUGAAUGACUAAACUGUUCAUCACAUUAAUCCCAAUGGAAAUGAAUGGGCAGGGGCAAGUAUUGGCAAAGUGGCCUCACAAAAGUACAGGCAGGACUUCUCUGAUACUCCUGCUGAUUUCCUCCCCUGCGAGGAACAGCUAUUUUCCUGGUUGUCUGAAAGACCUCUGGGUUGUCUUUAAGAAAGACUUCGUUUGGGAGAGUGUUGGCUACACACUCAAGCCCUCAGCCUCAGUCUGCCCCCAGCCCCAGCCCCAGCCCCUUUCCAGUCAAAAGUGGGUGAAGAAUAAAAUAAAAUAGUUUCCAAGGACAGGCAUCAUGCUAUGGAUGGUGUUUCCCUUGGGAGGACGUACUGGAUUAAAAUUAGAACUAGAUAGGGACAAGCACUCUUGGGAAUGCCCCGGGCCCCUUCUCUACCACUUGGUGUGUUCUCUGCAGGCUCUGCUCCACUGAGGCAGCUGCUGCAAGCAGUGGGGAGCCAGGGUGGAGCCCAGAGCGUGGGAAGUUAGAUCAGCCUCCAAUCUGAACAAACAGUGUUCUUCAGUUCCCCCAGGAGAUCCCAGUUUACCAAGUUCCACCUUUG